CUGGAAUUCGACCGAGAGCAGAUUGAACGACGAAACCGAGCCGCAGAUCGGGAUCAGAACCAGAACCAGGAGAUGGACCAGAACCAGAACCAGAACCAGGAGAUGGACCAGGAUCAGAACCAGAACCAGGACCAGAACCAGGACCAGGACUCCUCAUCCAGCAGGACUAAAGCUGCUGGUCUGCAGAAACGUAAAGGCAAAGAGAGGCCCAGGGGUUACCCCUGUGAUCAGUGUGAGAAAGUCCUCGCCACUUCAUCAACCUUGAAGAGACAUAAGAAGAUUCACACUGGAGAGAAGCCGUACAAAUGUGAUCAGUGUGGGGCAACUUUUUAUGAAUCGAGUGAUUUAAGAAUUCACCAACGUAUUCAUACUGGAGAGAAGCCAUACAAAUGUGAUCAGUGUGGGGCAGCUUUUACUGAAUCGGGUAAUUUAAGAAGUCACCAACGUAUUCACACUGGAGAGAAGCCGUACAGAUGUGAUCAGUGUGGGGCAGCUUUUACUGUAUCGGGUGCUUUAAGAAUUCACCAAUAUAUUCACACUGGAGAGAAGCCGUACAAAUGUGAUCAGUGUGGGGCAGCUUUUACUAUAUCGGGUGCUUUAAGAAGUCACCAACGUAUUCAUACUGGAGAGAAGCCAUACAAAUGUGAUCAGUGUGGGGCAGCUUUUACUGAAUCGGGUACUCUAACGAAACACAGACGUAUUCACACUAGAGAGAAGCCGUACAAAUGUGAUCAGUGUGGGGCAACUUUUUAUCAAUCAAGUGCUUUAAGAAUUCACCAACGUAUUCAUACUGGAGAGAAGCCAUACAAAUGUGAUCAGUGUGGGGCAGCUUUUACUGUAUCGGGUAAUUUAAGAAGUCACCAACGUAUUCACACUGGAGAGAAGCCGUACAGAUGUGAUCAGUGUGGGGCAGCUUUUACUGUAUCGGGUGCUUUAAGAAGUCACCAAUAUAUUCACACUGGAGAGAAGCCGUACAAAUGUGAUCAGUGUGGGGCAGCUUUUACUAUAUCGGGUGCUUUAAGAAGUCACCAACGUAUUCACACAGGAGAGAAGCCAUACAAAUGUGAUCAGUGUGGGGCAGCUUUUACGCAAUCAAGUAAUUUAAGAAGUCACCAACGUGUUCACACUGGAGAGAAGCCAUACAAAUGUGAUCAGUGUGGGGCAGCUUUUACGGAAUCGGGUGCUUUAAGAAGUCACCAACGUGUUCACACUGGAGAGAAGCCGUACAAAUGUGAACAGUGUGGGGCAGCUUUUAGUAUAUCGGGUCAUUUAAGAAGGCACCAACGUAUUCAUACUGGAGAGAAGCCGUACAGAUGUGAUCAGUGUGGGGCAGCUUUUACCACAUUAGGUGCUUUAACUACGCACCAACGUAUUCACGCUGGAGAGAAGCCGUACAGAUGUGAUCAGUGUGGGGCAGCUUUUACUGCAUCGGGUAAUUUAAAAAGUCACCAACGUGUUCACACUGGAGAGAAGCCGUACAAAUGUGAUCAGUGUGGGGCAGCUUUUGCCAGAUCAGGUGCUUUAAGAAGUCACCAACGUGUUCACACUGGAGAAAAGCUGUACAAAUGUGAUCAGUGUGGGGAAGCUUUUACUGAAUCGGGUACUUUAAGCAAUCACCAACGUAUUCAAACUGGAGAGAAGCCGUAAAAAUGUGAUCAGUGUGGGGCAGCUUUUACUGAAUCGGGUACUUUAAGACGUCCCCAACGUGUUCACACUGGAGAGAAGCCGUACAAAUGUGAUCAGUUUGGGGCAGCUUUUGCGAAAUCAUAUAGUUUAGGAAGUCACAAUUGUAUUUACAUUGGAUAAAAUGUGUCUAUGAGUGAGUCAUUGAGUGAGUGAGUCAUUCAAAUGGCACAAACAUGUUAUAAAAAAACACAGUGAUAGAAAUGUGUUUAAUCUUUUGUUCUGAGAGAAAGAAAUCUGAAGGUGUAAUUCUAAUAAGUUCAGUUUUAUAUUUGCUUUUACAAAAAGCAAAUAUAAAGUUCUGCUUCUGUUGGCAAAUUAGUAACUUGUUUUGUAAUAUUUUUAUAUUUGAAUCUAACAUUUUUCACCAGUUUUUGUCAUUGUUAAUGGAGAGAAAUAAAGUUUUUUUUUUUUUGUUGGAUUUCAGUUUCCUGCUCAGUAAAACCAUAGUAAACAAACAGGAAGUAAACGUCAGAAUGUUAGAACAGUGUCCCACAGUCAUGCCUCGUUCAUGUGAUUGUAUCACUAUAGAUGAAUGGUGGUUCUUGAUUUAAUUUUAUCCGAGGGAUGUAAGAAUAAAAUGCUUUACUAAUGACACCCUCUGUUUUUGAGACCAGCUGCUCAACUGUAAAAGUGAGUCAAUGCUGUUAUAGACUUACAAAGCUAGUGACAAUUUAAAGGGGACCUAUAAUGGCAUUUAAAUUUGCUGAUGACACAGUCAUAGUGACGCUGCUGCAGGGGGAGGGCACAGUUCCUGGACCAGUGGUGGACGAUUUUAUCCACUGGUGUGACGAUUCUUUUUUAAAAUUAAAUGUGACAAAGACCAAGGACAUGUGCAUUGAUUUUAGGAGGAACCCAAACCCACAGCCCUUAACUUUAAUUAAGGGGGAGAGUGUGGAGCAUGUCACAAAUUUUAAGUACUUGGGUGUGGUCAUCGACAACAAGUUGUCUUUUAAUGAGAACACAGAUGCUGUGUAUAAAAAAAUCACAACAGCGCUUGCACUUUCUCCGGAUGCUUAACCGGUUUGGAGUGUGCAAGAAAUUAAUGAUCAUGUUCUAUCACUCUGUGAAUGAAGCUUUCCUGACGUUCGCCAUUAUCUCCUGGUUUGGUAGCCUCUCACUAGGAGAUAAAAAGAGGCUGCAACAUAUUGUUAAAGUUGCCAGCAAAAUCAUUGGUGUUGCCCUCCCUGAUUUCCCUACUGUUUUUGGCAGGAGGGAAACAUCCAAGGCUCAGGACAUCUUACAGUGUCCUGACCAUCCUCUCCAUGCCCAGUUUGAACCCUUACCCUGUGGCAGGAGAUUCAGAUUGCCCAGGACCAGAUCUAACAGACUGAAAAAUUCUUUUAUAACUCACGCCAUCACCCAACUUAAUUUAAAACUCAAUAAAUGAACACCUGUGAACUCCACUCCCCACUCUCCACACUACAUCCUCAGAAGCCCCCCCCCCCCCCCCCCCCC